CGCUUCACCAACAAUGGCCACGAUGGCUUCGUCAUUCCCGUUGAUGUCGUUCCCCGAGGAGAUUAUCGAAAACAUAUGCCGACAGCUGGCCAACUAUCCACGAUCACGCUAUAGCCCAAAGCCUCUGUCUAAUCUCUGUCAAUCGUCGAAAGCUCUCUAUCGCAUCGGUACGCCUGUGCUUUAUUCUUGCUUCGACUCAAGCGAGCGCUUCAAGAAACUUUCCGAUUUCCUCCGUACCAUUGCCCUGCGCCCUGAACUUGGAGCGAUGGUGCAGGACUUAUAUCUCAAUGCGUUUUACUGGACUGAGUUCGACAAGAGUCACACCGAAGCCUUUGACCUUGCGACAAAAAGACUGGGCGUAAGUCUCGAUGGCUGGAUGGAAAACAACCCGUGGGAGGCCAUAUCACAGCUCGUCAUCGCCUACACGCCGAAUGUGAGGUCCAUGGAAGUCAUUGCGCACGAGGUUUACUGUGAUGAGGGCGUUGGGGCUUUCACACUGCUUGAGCAAAUGGCCGCUCAGGUUCCAAGACAAGUCUCACUACCGCAUCUGCGUCGACUCCGCGUGGGCCAUGACGACUGCCGGCAGAUAUCUCUCGGAUACUUUGGGGGAAUUCUUGAGCUUGCACCUGGUAUAACAGAGAUUACGGGCGACCCAAUCUAUGGCUUCCAUUGCAACGAGAAGAAUGUGAAUGAUCGUAUGAUUCUCGACAAUGUAACCCGUUUAUAUCUCAAGGGUGGUCACAUAUCCAGGAGGCAACUAAAUGAAAUAGUCUCGCGCUGCCAAGCUCUGGAAUACUUCAAGUACACAUAUCACUCCAUCUACGCCGGCCUUGGCGAAGAUUGUGUGACUCCAAGAGAAAUCAUCGAUAUGCUGAGGGAGCACAACCACAACGACACUCUUCGCUCAGUCUACAUUGAUCUAGGAUUUCGGGAAAGAGCGGCCACCGACACCUUGUCCUUUUCUGGCUUAUGCAUUGAUGGUGACCAAAUCCUGUCUCUCAAAGAUUUCACGCGACUCGAGAAUUUCCAUGUCGACGGCAGCUCAGUCCUAUUUCCAGCUGUCCAGACGCCAGAGUACCGCACCGAUAUCCUGAUCAACAUGUUACCUGGCUCUAUACGUCGCUUUCAACUUACCAACACGCAAGGGGAAUCUGUCGCAAAUAUGAUGACUUUGGCAACAUCGCUUACUGACUUUCCGUUCCUUAAAGAGAUAUUCUUGACGGGAAAUAGCACAAACGGGCCACUGGGCGAUGUGGAAGUGGAGUUGGAUGAAUCGGAGAUGGGCCUGCUGCGCAAAGUUCUGGACGAUAAUGGGAUACGACUCGAAGAUGCAUGUCGGCUUGUGGAGUUGUUCAGUCACAAAAACAUUCUUCAAGGCCGCCGCCAAUUACCGGUCUAUGGACGAUACCAAGAGAUUCUGGACAACUACCACAAGUCCCAGGUGAUGAUUUUGUCGAGCAAAACUGGCUAUGGAAACGACAACGCGCAGUCGGAGGACCAAAUCGCGAGCCAUGUGCUAGUCGCUCAUAGUAUCAACCUUGGAGACUUCGAGAACGAAUUCCUGUUCAACGUUCAGGAAACGCUCAGGCAGCCCGAAUCUUUCACCCUUUUCUGGCACCAGCACUACGCCAUUCUUGUAUUCGAAACCAGCGCCGAUUGCGAGGCGGCUGAAGAAGACCUCCAGGGCCUUGAGAUCUUUGGCCAUGCCGUCAGUAUCUCUCGACAAGAAGAGGCACAUUUAGCCCCUGAGGUUAUCCAAGCAGCAGUAGGCCCUACUGCUGCUGUCGCCUCUGCCUCUGCCGACUCUGCCUCUGCUCCCGCUGCUCCAGCUGUUCCAGCUCCCAAUGUUCCAGCCACUGCUCCCAUCCCCCUCACCACCGCUGCCGCUGCUUCCACUGCCACCGUCACCACCACUGUUACCGAAGAAACGAACAACAAUAUAGAGUGGGCGGUGCCUAGCGAUGAUGAAUCUGACUGUGGCUAUGACUAUGAACUUCCUGAGAUCAAGUACAGGGAUUAA